GAAGGCGGCCUCCCGCCACCUAGAGGCGCCAGCCGGCACGUCCGCUCUGCCCGCGCCACGUCUCUAUGGCGGCCCCAACGGCCGUCCAGGACGCGGGGCGAGAUGAGCGCGGGCGCAGACGGCAGCGGUGGCGCUGCGGUGGCGGUGGGGUCUGCUGAGGGCGGUCCCUUGGAGGAUGGUUUUGUCCCGUCCGCGCUGGGGACCCGCGAGCAUUGGGAUGCUGUCUAUGAGAGAGAACUGCAAACUUUUCAAGAAUAUGGAGAUACAGGAGAAAUCUGGUUUGGAGAAGAGAGUAUGAAUCGACUAAUAAGGUGGAUGCAGAAACACAAGAUUCCAUUGGAUGCUUCAGUGCUUGAUAUUGGAACUGGAAAUGGUGUUUUCCUGGUUGAACUUGCAAAAUUUGGUUUCUCUAAUAUUACUGGAAUUGAUUAUUCUCCCUCUGCAAUUCAGCUUUCUGGAAAUAUUAUAGAAAAAGAAGGUUUAUCUAACAUUAAGUUGAAGGUAGAAGACUUUUUGAAUCUUUCCACAAAGCUGUCUGGAUUUCAUAUUUGUAUUGACAAAGGGACUUUUGAUGCCAUAAGCCUUAAUCCUGACAAUGCGGUUGAGAAGAGGAAGCAAUAUGUGAAAUCUCUCUCCAGGGUGUUGAAAGUAAAAGGCUUUUUUCUAAUAACCUCAUGUAAUUGGACCAAGGAAGAGUUGCUAAAUGAAUUCAGUGAAGGAUUUGAAUUUUUUGAAGAGCUGCCAACACCCAAGUUCAGUUUUGGAGGCAGAUCUGGAAACAGUGUAGCAGCAUUGGUUUUCCAAAAAACGUGAGACUUUUCCUUGGACAAAUUCAGGUAGCUUUUUAAAGAGGCUACACAACAAAGUUAAGCUGACACAGAAAAUGCAAAUGCAAAUAAAUGCUUAGUAAGCACACAGGAUGCACAUGUUUAGUAGAUAUAAUAAGUUGGUUAAAAAAAAUCAUAAACAUGUAAGUGGUUGGGUUUUCAAGAUCAACCAAAAAUAAUUUUUAAUUUUCUUUUGUAUUUGAAAUGUAAAUAUUUUUCUUUUUGACUUAAAAAAUUUCCUGUAACUGCUGAACAGUUUAAAGUAGUAAAUGAAUUUACAGAAAGCGUGUAUUCUUCACUUUUGUGCCUUGGUAAAGUUGAAUUUAGGUAUUUAUAAAAAUUUGACCAAACUAUUUUAGCACCAGAAUAAUAAGCAAAACAACUUUCUUAGUGUUAUAUUAGACUAUUUAUGAAAUAUAAUGAGAAAUACUAUUUUGGGUUGAACGGCAGUUAUUUUUAAAAGUAUUUAAUACCUGGGAAAAAGCCUCUGGCCUUUAUAUGUAUAAUUAAACAAAAUUAGAGAAAUG